ACCCAGGCCGUCUGUGACGCUGGGGGAAACACUUUCCACGGAGGGGCGAUUGGAAAUGGGUCCAUUGGAGCCUCGUCUGUCGUGAUCAACGGCUGGGACUAUGAUUUCUCGAGCUUCAGCCACCCGGCCGUUGGCGAGUUCAACGGAAGCCAGAAUCCGCUGUAUGUCGGCAAUUGGAAUCUGGGCGGAAACGACGCGUCUUUCAUGUUCCAGAAGGUCAACCAGGUAUGCUAUCCACUUUCUAUCUUAGUGCAGCACAGCUGAUGUUAUUUAGAACUGCCGUGGUAUCAUCACCAAGGCUCCCAACUCCGGCAUUGCGUCCACGGGGGAUGUCCUACAAUGGUACUUUCCCUGUAAUGUUCGUAGCCAAUAUGGUACUACGUCGCCAAACAUCACGGCCUACGGAAGCUCGACUACUUGCCACAUCCCAACCAAUGCGCGGUCUGGACUGAACUCCCUCAAGCCACAGGGUCCUGUGUAUUUCACCUGGUCAGACGUUCGUAAUAGGAGCCGAAAUCUUGCUGUGUUUGAAUCGUAAGUGUUCAGAUUACCGGUAUUCGGUCGGCUUACAUUGAUAGACAUGUUCUGGACUUGGAGCUGUUGUCAUGGCUGAGCCCAAGUCAAGUCCACUAUCCCUCGCUGUUCGAUAUCAUGAAGCUUCCGGGCAGCGUCUACAGCAACAAAGAUAUCACUAUGGCACUCUACCGCAUGGAUCGACGUCCCUUGGGCCGCUGUCUGCAAGACGUCAUCAGCGUCGGAUUCAUCGACACGGCUUCGAUAGGCUGCGUCGCUUCGAAAGUCGUCUUAUACGCAUCUUUGAUCACCAUCAUCGGUGUAGUUGCACUGCGCUUCGCGUUGGCUGUGUUUUAUCAGUGGUUCUUUGCUUGGAAGGUCGGGAAUUUUCCCGCAGAGACUGCCGAAGAGAGGAAGACGCGCGCUGCUGAAAUCGAGGCCUGGUCAGAUGGCAUCUAUCUGCCUGCGCCCAAUAGAUAUCGACCGGAUGUUGGCAAAAAUGGCGUACUCAAGAAACCUUGGAGGAGUUUCUUGCCUGCCCAGUCCCGAUUCUCAAUGGCUGUUCCGCAAAGAUAUAGCACGGCGCCUGUAGACGGGAGACCGAGAGCUUUGUCCCUCAACUUUCCAUCAACUCCGACACUGUCUUCGCCUUUGCCAUUCCAGUCGCAUCGUGUGGUACCUCAGCCUCCACCAGAUUACGAGCCCUUCAAUUUUGCUUUGGCCCAUACGAUAUGUCUUGUCACCGCCUACUCGGAAUCAGAAGAAGGAAUGCGAACGACCCUAGACUCGCUUGCCACGACGGACUAUCCCAACUCGCAUAAAGUGAUUUUGAUCAUCGCCGAUGGGAUGGUCAAAGGUGCUGGUAACGAAUUGACGACUCCGGAGAUCUGUCUGUCCAUGAUGAAGGAGACGCAAACCUGGAGCGACGUCCCGGCGCAUUCGUAUGUUGCGAUCGCCGAUGGUCACAAACGACACAACAUGGCGAAGGUGUUCUCCGGUUUCUACAAGUAUGAUGAUGUGACGUGCGAGCGGUCGAAACAGCAACGCGUCCCGAUCGUUCUGAUCGCCAAAUGCGGCAACCCACUGGAGGCGGGCGAUAGCAAGCCUGGGAACCGGGGGAAACGCGACAGCCAGAUGGUGCUCAUGUCCUUCCUGGAGAAGGUCAUGUUCGAUGAACGCAUGACGACGCUGGAGUACGAGUUUUUCAACGCUCUUUGGGGCGUGACUGGUGUCUCUCCAGACAAGUAUGAGCUCGUGCUCUGUGUCGAUGCAGACACCAAGGCAUUUCCGGACUCGUUGUCACGGAUGGUGGCGUGUAUGGUGCAUGACGUCAGCAUCAUGGGCCUCUGCGGCGAAACGAAGAUCGCCAACAAGGCGGAUUCCUGGGUGGCAAUGAUUCAGGGUGAGGUCCCUGAGCAUGUGGUGCUGCACUCCGCUGACAUUGGCAAUACUCCAGUGUUUGAGUACUACAUCUCGCACCAUUUGACCAAGGCAUUCGAAUCGUUGUUUGGCAUCGUUUCCUGUCUCCCGGGAUGCUUUAGCAUGUAUCGCAUCAAGGCCCCCAAGAACGACCAGUCCGGGUACUGGAUUCCCAUUUUAGCGAAUCCGGACAUCAUUGAGCAUUAUUCGGAGAACGUCGUCGACACGUUGCACAAAAAGAAUCUGCUUCUUCUGGGCGAGGACCGGUAUCUGACGACGCUCCUCCUCAAAACAUUUCCGAAGCGGAAGAAUAUAUUCUGUCAGCAAGCCAUCUGCAAAACUAUCGUCCCCGACACCUUCAGCGUAUUGCUUUCUCAGCGGCGGCGAUGGAUCAAUUCGACGGUGCAUAAUCUGUUUGAGCUUGUCUUGGUGCGAGAAUCGUGCGGGACGUUUUGCUUUUCGAUGCAAUUCAUGGUUGCGGUCGAAUUGCUGGGCACUCUGGUGCUUCCCGCGGCAAUCUCAUUCACACUUUACCUGAUCAUCAGCUCGAUCGUGCCCGGUGGAUCGAACAACACUGUGUCGCUUGUGCUGCUGGCACUGGUACUCGGGCUGCCCGGUCUGCUGAUUGUCAUCACUUCGACGAAAGUGGCGUAUGUCGGCUGGAUGUUGAUCUACCUGCUGAGUCUGCCGAUCUGGAACGGCAUCCUUCCCGCCUACGCGUAUUGGCAUUUCGAUGACUUUUCGUGGGGCCAGACGCGGAAGAUCGAGGGCGAUGCGACGCAUACCGGCGAUAAAGAGGGAGAGUUUGAUUCUUCGCAUAUUGUGAUGAAGCGGUGGUCAGAGUUUGAGCGGGAUAAGGCCGUCCGAGAAGGCCGGGUGCAGGCAAACCGGCGAUCGUUUGCCUCGCACACGUCCCGGUCUUCGGCAGGUUUUGACGGAGGCUUUAGAGAAGGCUUCAACACUGCGAAUCUGUACAGGGACAACAUCGGACUGAUCAGAGUGCCCGCGCCACUUUCAGUCCCCGUCACGCCCCUGUCAAGUUCGCGACAGCUCACACCGAGAAGUAGCAGUCUCGGAAGUGACGACCGCUACGACUCGCCUCCGCCCUCGUCACUGCUUCCGCUAUCUGCGACCAGCAGUGUCUCUUCGAGGCUGCCGUCGAGAUCGCGACUCCUCGACAGCCCGAUCCCCCAAUCGAGCUUUGACCUGAAUCCGUUCCGGGACAGCUCUCCGGACACGGAGGCGGUUGAUAUGUAUCUGAACGAAGCGGUUCCUCCACGGAGAUCUCGUUUCCAGCCCGUGCAAUUAGUAGAUCAUGGCCCUGUGCCAAUUAAUCAAUAGACCGAUAUGUAGAGUACUUUCUUGUAGACUUUUGUCGUUUUGCAUCUUUGAGCGCACCCUGUCGGUGAUUGCCGCAGCCGAGGGCAACGCCACACCAGGGCUUAUUUUCUCGUGACAGUAGCAUUCGCCCCUAACGAGAUGUGGCUCGCACUCCGAGCGAUGCGAGACAGGCGUGCAUUCACAGCAUGUUCGAUGGCUGUCGAAACAUAUAUGGAUGAUGGCGAACGCCCUUGACUUCGA